AUCGACGCUGUUCACAUUGGCAAUCUGCCGGGCUAGUACAGACAGAAACGCAAGAGGUCUCCCGUGCUGCUGCUCAUCGCAUCUACUCGCAGUAUUACGGUACAGCGCCAAAACGAACACGGAAGAGCUUCAGCUGGGAUCAGAUUUAUUGGUAUCCGUAUCACAAUUGUCGUGUAAGAAAUGUCUUUUCGUAAUAUUUCCAAAGAGGCACUGGCUGGAUCCAUUACACUGGGAGUUGUUUUAGUCGCCGGCUAUUUCUUUGGGAAAAAGAAAUCUUCCAAAAUGAGCAUCUCUAAAAGUCACGCCGAGGGAAAAGACAACCCACUGCUGCAGUACGUCCUCAAUAACUCCUUGAGGGAGCAUCCGGCCCUGAAAAACCUCAGACUGAGGACAAUGGAACACUCCUUGAACUUCAUAAUGGUCGCCUGUGAGCAGUCGCAGUUCAUGGCCAAUCUGGCAAAACUAAUCAAAACCAAGAAAGCAUUAGAGAUCGGAGUAUACACAGGCUACAACACACUGAGCAUUGCACUGACUUUGCCUGACGAUGGAGUUAUAGUCGCAUGUGAUAUCACUGAUGAAUACACCAACAUUGGUAAACCCUUCUGGAAAGAGGCUGGAGUCGAGCAAAAAAUUGAUUUACGCAUUCAGCCCGCACUGAAAACUCUAGAUGAUCUCUUGUCAGAUGGCCAGGCUGAAACAUUUGACUUUGUCUUCAUUGAUGCAGACAAAGUUAACUAUGACAACUACUUCGAAAAGUCCCUGAAACUGUUGAGGAAAGGGGGCGUCAUUGCUAUCGACAAUGUGCUGUGGGGUGGAAAGGUGGUGAAUCCAUCCCCUGGCGACACUGACACUCUCGCCAUCGACAAGCUCAACAAGAAGUUGCACCGAGAUGCUCGAAUCAGCCUGAGUAUGCUCACAGUGGGAGAUGGGCUUACAAUAGCUAUCAAAUUAUAGGACAGAUGUCCAAUUAGUGCAAUGAUUCAUAGGCUGUAGACCAGGGGGUCUUCAACAAGGGGUCCGCGACCCCUAGGGGGUCCGCUGAGGAACUGCAUGGGGGUCGCGAAAGUUUUGGUUGAUUAGACUUUUUUUUAUAUUCCCCCCCUGCAAUUUUUUCCACUAUUUGAAAUGUCUUUAAAUACACAUUAACAUGAAUUCAACACACUGUAGUAAACAGAUAAAUGGAGGCAGAAGAUGUCUUUCAGUCAUCAAUGCACA